AUGAACCCCACUCGAAGCCUCCGUAUUGCCACCACUGUAGUCGCAGCGCUGUUUGCACCAUGUUCCUUUGCAUUCGCCCCUACUGCUUUGACGAAAACCUCAUGUACCGGUACAUCCCUGAGCUGCAGCACGGAAGCGCUCCUACCGCCCAUUGAAACAACCCCUGCAAGCCAUCCUUUGAUUCAGGCAGCUCACAAAUUUGCAUAUUCCCAAUCUGGAUUUUACUCGCCAUACGAUGAAUCAGUACUUGCCGAGGAUUUUGUGUUUCGAGGCCCCUACAUUGGCCCUUUGAACAAAAAGGACUAUCUAUCCACUAUGGACACCUUUGGCAUCUACAAGGCACUACCAGAUAUUUCACCCAACUGCUUUGGCUAUACCCUCGACCCUGACAAUCCGAAGCGAGUUUGGUUCAUGGGAUGCCCUGAAACUUUCAGUGUCACAUUUGAUGACGACCAAAAGAUCAAAUAUCUGUCUGUGGGAUAUGUUGCCGAUCGAUUCGAAGGAAAUACAAACGGAAAGGGAGCAGCUGUUGGCAUCUUCCACGUGAUUGGAUUCCCAUUUCCUAGCCCAGGUCCAUUGUUGACCUUUGUUCAAUGGUUGGGAACUGAAGUGGUAGACAUGGGGGCCAAGUCGUACUCCAAGGAUGUUCCAGAAUGGUGGAAGAGCCAAGAGGUCGCUUCUGAAGGGUACCUUUAA